GUGUGUGUGUGUGAGUGUUAAUGUGCAUGUGCGUGUCUCGUAAGCGGCAAGAAAACUUUUCAACUUCCGGCCAAGUGACUUCGAUUUAAUUUCUUCAGCUUUUUUAUGGUCAAGGCAUUUAAUUAAUUUUACUAUGGCAAUUUGAGCGUCUUGCUGUCUGCAUUGAACUCUGACCCCAGCGGUUAACUGCUGAUACGCCUGUUUGCAAGAUAAAAGGGUCGCAAGACCCGUUAAGGACAAGUUGAGGAAACAUGAUUGAAAUGUAAUUGACAUACGGCUUUGAUGCACUAGAAUUUACGCACUGUGAUAGACGAGUAUACGAGCAGAAUUCUUGGAGUCUGCACAACACAAUUUUGCAAUUCAAUUCAAUUGAAUUUUAAUUAAGAUUCCUCAGUUAACAAUUCUGGCUGGCGAGCCCAAACACAAGCAGACAAGCCGACAAACUGUCGACGCUAUCGAUACGCAACUUCUCGGCAAGCAUGCUGAACAAUCUUGGGGCCAAUGUGCUGGGCCCCAAGGAUUGUGAUCUACCCAAGGCGGCAAUCACAGCACUGCACGCGGGCGUCAAUAGUUUUGGCCAACUGACCGGCGCCCCAAACAUUGCGGAUCUUGGGGGCGGUGGUGCUGGACCGGGUGGUGGUGGUGGUGCCAGCGUUGGUGGCGUUGCCCGGCUGCAUGUCACUGGAGGACUGUGCGACAAUAGCAAUGUGCUAAACGGUGGUAGCAAUCACAGCAACAACAACAAUAAUAACAACGGGAGCAACAAUAACAACAACAACAACAACAGCAUGCAGCAACAGGAUCAGCACCUGGACAAAAACAAGCAGAAAAGACACCGGACACGCUUCACGCCUGCGCAGCUGAACGAACUGGAGCGUUGCUUCUCCAAGACCCACUAUCCGGACAUCUUUAUGCGAGAGGAGAUUGCUAUGCGCAUCGGCCUAACCGAGUCACGUGUCCAGGUCUGGUUUCAGAACCGUCGCGCCAAGUGGAAGAAGCGCAAGAAGACCACAAAUGUAUUCCGCACACCAGGCGCUCUGUUGCCGUCGCAUGGUCUGCCACCGUUUGGGGCAAACAUCACGAACAUUGCAAUGGGAGAUGGGCUGUGCGGCACGGGAAUGUUUGGCGGUGAUCGCUGGAGCGUUGGUGUCAAUCCGAUGACGGCAGGCUUUGGCCAGCUGAAUCAAUCGUCACCGCUUUCGUCCACGCUGAAUAGCGGCCUCAAUUCGGGCAUUAACAUGGGCUCCGCCCUGGGUGCCGGCACCUAUCAGCACUAUGGCCUCAAUGCUUUGGGCGACUCGAUGAUGUAUCAGCACAGCGUGGGCGGGGGGGUAGGCUGCGGACCGGGCGGCUCCCCGAGCGCCUCCACACCGCCCAACAUGAACAGCUGCUCAUCGGUGACGCCGCCGCCGCUCUCCGCGCAGCCGAAUGUCCCCCAGAACGAGCUCAACGGCGAGCCGAUGCCACACCACCAACAACAACAGCAGCAACAACAGCAGCAGACACACCAACCGCAGCAGCAACAGGCACACCAACAGCAACAGCAGCAGCAGUCGCUAACACACCAGCAACAGUCAGCGACACCAACACAGCAACAGCAGCAACAACAACAGCAACAGCAGCAGCAACAUCAACAACAGCAGCAACAGCAACAGCAAGAUAGCAACAAUUUGCUGCCGCACUGUCAUCAGGCGAUGCAGUCGCCAGAUGGCGCUACCGAUGAGGACGUAUGGCGAGGACAUAGCAUUGCAGCGCUGCGGCGGCGAGCUUCCGAACUAAAUGCGACAGCAAUUCCAUCGUAUUUGCAUCACGCCGCCGCCGCCCACAAUAACUACGAGCAUCACAAUUCGGUCUACUGAAAUUUGUUGAAAAGCUUUGAAAGCUUUUCGGAUUACGGUUUUUCCAAUAGCGGCACUCACGAGUAUUGAAUAAACUGAACACAGUUUGACAGCCACCCGCUCGGGCCAACCGAGCUUUAGAUUAAGCUAACCAAAUUUUAAUUUUACAUUUAAAGAAUUAAACAAUUUAUGAGUUUGACAUCAGUCCAGUUCAGUUUUUUGUGUUGUCUUAUUAUUUGCAACUUGUCCAUGAAACGAUAGCAUCGUAGCAUAUUUAAAACUAAAAAGACUAUAAUGAAUGUAAACCAUGUAUACGAGAGGAAAACGUGAACUAUUUUUAGUGGCAUUAACUAGCAGAUUUAACGGCAUAUAAAUAUAUACACAGCCCCAUAAAUGUACGAGUAUUGAAAAUAAGCGUAAAUCAUUUAAAUUUAACAAAAGUCCAGUCACAA